GGAAGGCAGAAGGCGGUGCGCUGCCACCGCGCGUGCGUACCCCAGCGAAGCGCCCGACGCUGACAAUGGCCGAGCUUGGUGAGGCGGACGAAGCGGAGCUACAACGCCUGGUGGCCGCAGAGCAGCAGAAGGCGCAGUUCACUGCGCAGGUGCAUCACUUCAUGGAAUUAUGUUGGGAUAAAUGUGUGGAGAAGCCAGGAAGUCGGCUAGACUCUCGCACUGAAAACUGCCUCUCUAGCUGUGUGGAUCGCUUCAUUGACACUACUCUUGCUAUCACUGGUCGGUUUGCCCAGAUCGUACAAAAAGGAGGGCAGUAGGCCAUACCUUAGAAUGACAGAAGACCAAAAGACUUGUUACUCAGCAGAUUGAAUGGCCAGUGGUGAAAGACUUGUCAACAUGUCAGGUUAGCAUCGGGCAGUUACAAAGUCUGUUGGUGUUAAAAAGUAACAGAGCAAAUGUUCAAAAGUGAAAUUUUAUUUAUGGGAAUUCAGUAAUUCCAACUUGUAUCACACCAGUUAAUAAAUGUUAAGUCUCCAA